AUGAGCGCGAGCGGCCCGGCGGCUCCCGGGGACGGCCCCGCGCCGCCUCCGCCGCCGCCGCCGCCCGGGCCCGGUUCGGGGCCCGCAGCGCCCGCUGCCCCCGCCGCCUCCCUGGACGCUAUGGACGGGCGCGCCGAGCUGCCCGCCUUCCCCCGGCCCGGAGCCCCGCCGCUGGCGGCCAGCGACACGGUGCCCGCGGCGCCCGAGGGGGCUGGAGCGGCCCGGCCCGCCGCGCCCCCGCGCCCCACGUCCUUCUCGGUGCUGGACAUCCUGGACCCCAACAAGUUCAACAGCCGGAGACGCCGCUGCGUGCUGCUGGGCCCCGCGCCGUGCGCGCCGUGCGCCCCGGUCCCCGCCGCCUGCGGACGCCCUCCGCGCGCACAGGAGCCGGAGCGCCGCGCCCUCGCAGCCGCCGGGGGAGGCGCGGCCACCGCAGGAGCUGAGCCGCCCAGUGCCGGCGACCCCCGCAAGGCGGACGAGGCCGAGGCCAACGGCUACGGCAGCGGCGGCGGCGGCAGCCCGAGCGCAGACAGCGGGGACGAGGCGCCGGACGACGAGGACCAGGACGAGGACGCGGCGCCCGAGGCGCAGGCGGCGCGUGGAGGCGGCGGCGGCGGCGUCGCGGCCCGCGGGUCGGGCUGUCCGGGCGCGGCCGAGGCCGCGGCCCCCUCCGGCGCCGUCGACGAGCCCGCGGCCCCCGGACCCCGCGGGAACUCGCCCGGAGCCCCGGGCCCGCCGGGAGCCGCGGCGGCGGGGAGCGCGGGGACGACGCCGCAGGGCGCGGCGGCCCCGGCCAAGCCCAAGCGGAAGCGCACGGGCUCCGACUCCAAGUCCGGGAAGCCGCGGCGCGCGCGCACCGCCUUCACCUACGAGCAGCUCGUGGCGCUGGAGAACAAGUUCAAGGCCACGCGCUACCUGUCGGUGUGCGAGCGCCUCAACCUGGCGCUGUCGCUGAGCCUCACCGAGACGCAGGUCAAGAUCUGGUUCCAGAACCGCCGAACCAAGUGGAAGAAGCAGAACCCGGGCGCCGACACGAGCGCGCCCAGCGGCGGCGGCGGCGGCCCGGGCCCGGGCGCGGGGGCCGCGGGGCUGCCCGGCGGCCUCAGCCCGCUCAGCCCGUCGCCGCCCAUGGGCGCGCCGCUCGCCAUGCACGGCCCCGCGGGGUACCCGGCGCACGGCCCCGGCGGCCUGGUGUGCGCCGCGCAGCUGCCCUUCCUGCCGAGCCCGGCCGUGCUGUCGCCCUUCGUGCUGGGCUCGCAGCCCUACGGCGCGCCCGCCUUCUACGCGCCGCACCUGUGA